CCUCAGCUCUCUGAGCUUUGCACAGUAACCGGAAUGUUGCAUUUUUUUCUUUGUUCUUCCUUUUUUACUAAAGCAUAAGUAAAUCUGUCUAUACCUACAGGUUACCAUGGCACUGUAACCUUACAGAGAGGGAGUCACAAGGGAGUAGCUGUGGAUCUGUGCACGUCCAGUGUGGAACACGGAGCCAGGAGGAGAUGGUGGUCCAUGGAGGGGUUGAUGUGGUUGGAGGCAGAAGGCAGACCUGGGAGCCAGAGGUCCACGGAGGCGGAGGAGGAGGAAGGAGCUCUCCAAGGCUGUUUCUGUGCGAGUGAAACGGGGAGGCAGAGAGGCGAUGAAGGAGUGUCUCGGUUGCCGCCUGGAUUAAGAAAGAAUACAUUAAAAAAAAAAACCCAGAACCAAAAAAACCAGCAAACCACAAAACCGGACCCAACAAACGACGAAAAAGGGAGGAGAGAAGGAGGAGGAGGAGGUUGCUGGGGGAGCCCACUCCGAUGGGCGAGCAGCCGCUUUGAAUCGUGCCUCUGUUCCCAGGGAUUAAAGCAUGAAUGGGAGCAGCUUCCCAGCCACGAUGGAGAGAGAAGGCGGUUCAGGCUGUGGGAAUAAGGUUUCCUUCCAAAUGAUUCCCUGAAGUUCCUGCUGGCAGCUCCAGCAGUGCCCUGCAGAAGUGCCCUCCUGCUCCUGGUCUCAGCAGCCGAGGCCCCUCCAAACCUGCUUCUGCAAUGGGUAAUGAGGAGCUGUGGGUCCAGUCAGUCUUGGAGAUGCCGAAGAGACGAGACAUCCUGGCUAUCGUGCUGAUAGUUCUGCCCUGGACACUACUAAUCACCGUCUGGCACCAGAGCACCAUUGCUCCACUGCUUGCAGUGCACAAGGAUGAUGGUGGUGACUCCCAGCGUGAUCUCGCUGCAGGCUUGGACUCCAAGGAAUACUGCCUGUCGGACCGGGACAUUGUGGAGGUGGUGAGGACAGAGUAUGUUUACACGCGCCCACCCCCGUGGUCGGACACCCUGCCCACCAUCCACGUCGUCACCCCCACCUACAGCCGGCCCGUGCAGAAGGCCGAGCUCACCCGCCUGGCCAACACCCUCCUGCACGUGCCCAACCUGCACUGGAUCCUGGUGGAGGACUCCCAGCGCCGCACCCCGCUCAUCACCCGCCUGCUGCGGGACACGGGGCUCAACUACACCCACCUCAACGUGGAGACCCCCCGCAACUACAAACUGCGCGGGGACAUGCGGGACCCCCGCAUCCCCCGCGGCACCAUGCAGAGGAACCUCGCCCUGAGGUGGCUGAGAGAGACCUUUAACAAAAACAACAGCCAGCCCGGGAUUGUUUACUUUGCUGAUGAUGACAACACCUACAGCCUGGAGCUCUUUGAGGAGAUGCGCAGCACCAGGAAGGUGUCGGUGUGGCCGGUGGCCUUCGUGGGGGGCCUGCGCUACGAGUCCCCCAAGGUGAACUCGGCGGGGAAGGUCUACGGCUGGAAAACCGUGUUCGACCCGCACCGGCCCUUCGCCAUCGACAUGGCAGGCUUUGCUGUGAACCUCAGGCUGAUCCUGCAGCGAUCUCAGGCCUACUUCAAACUGAGAGGGGUCAAGGGGGGCUACCAGGAGAGCAGCCUGCUCCGGGAGCUGGUCACCCUCAACGACCUCGAGCCCAAGGCUGCCAAUUGCACUAAGAUUUUAGUCUGGCACACAAGGACAGAAAAGCCCGUGCUGGUGAAUGAGGGGAAGAAAGGAUUCACAGAUCCCAAUGUGGAAAUCUGACUGUGCGUGGCUGAGCCGAGACCAACACCAGAAAAUUUCUUCAUGCACAGCCUGCAAGGUUCCUCUCCACAGCAUCCGACCGGCCAGCCAGGCAGGAGCCAGGACCUCUGCUGACUUCCAAGAGUUUUAGUGUACUGAAACCAAGCACCACUGCAUACAUAAUCCCCCUGGAUCCCCCUGCCCUUCCUCCUGGACUUGGAGCACAACCAGAUGCUCCGGAGGUGGAGAAAAAGCACAGAAAACCCAGGACUGACGUGAGCUCCAGGACAGGAGCAGCUGCCUCGAGGGAUGCUCGGUUUGGGAGAAGUGCCCCAGGGCUCCCUGCACUGGAGCCUGGCCCAGCUGGAAUGGGGGGCUGGACUGAGGGGCUGUUUGACAGGACCUGAAGGCCAGGGUGGGAAUGUCCACAGGAGUGUGUUGGCCCCAGUGAGUGGUUUUUCCUGAGACACACGAACCCCGUGUGCGACGUGAGCAGCUCUCUGUCCGUGGAGGGGACAGCUGCCUUCUGAGAUGGCACCUUAGCCCUUAAUUUUAAACCUACUUUAAUCAGUGUUUAUUACGCUGCACAAGACAGGGGGAGAGGGGGGAAAGCAAGGCAGGUUAGAACAAACCCAUAAGUAUCAAACAAACCCACAAGUAUCACUGUUCUCUUUGUAUUCCCUUUUCCUUCGCUGGUUUCAUGGUUUGGAGGGCACUCUGACACACUUUGUGUUCAUGGAAUCAUAGGAGGGUUUGAGCUGCAAAGGAAUUUAAAGGUCAUCUGCUCAAACCCCUCUGCCAUAGACAGGGACACCUUCAACUAGACUAGGCUGCUCAGAGCCCUGUCCCACCUGAAUAUUCCCAGGGAUGGGGCAUU